UUAUUCUACAAUGUAGAAAAUAGUAAAAAAAAUAAAGUAAAACACUUGAAUGAGUCGGUGUUUCAAAAACUUUUCACUGGUACUGGAUAUCUAAACGGGUCUUACAUUUUAAAUCAAAUCACUAAAUGAUCCAUCUGAAAAAAAUUCCAUAUGUUAGCUUAGUAGACCCCCCCCCCCAACGGCUUUUAGACUUUUAGAAGUAGCGACAUCAACUGUUUUUUUUUUUUACAUCACCAAUCAAUGCGGAUAGAGCAGGCAAGAGAGAGUGAGAGAGGGUUGAGGAGGUGACUUUAUAGGAAUUAGGUCCACAGAAUUAUACCCAGGAGUAGCGGCUUCUAUGGAGGAACUUUGAAUGUCCUUUAAGCUAGCUUGCUAACAAGCUUUUGUACAGUAGCCUAUGCUUCUGAGGGAGAGGGGCAUGUAGCCUAAACAUGAAAGGACAAAGAUUUCCAGCUUGCAGCAGGCAGACACUGGAAUACGUUUGUGUGUGACGAAGUGAGUGACGAAGUGAGGGCUUUGCAUAGGCGUUUUGUUAUGUUUUGUUGUGGGGCUAGAGAAAAAUAUCUGGAAGGUGAAAUAACAUUAUUAACCGGUUUCCAUGCAUUUAAAAAUAACGGUUCUGUUCCGCAACAGCAUGGAUCACUUUUGUUCCAGGUUCCCUUUCUGUUCCUUGAAAAAAAUGUAGUUAAUUUCAAAUUUUCGGUUUUGUUCCCUGAACCGGUUCCAGCCACUGACACACACACCUACGUACGGCCCUCUUCGCCCCUGCCAGGACAGCAUUCCCCACAUCCCCGAGAAAUAGCCCCUCCCUCCCCGCUCCUCGUCUCCCAGAAAUAAAGCAAUCAGAGCCGAAGAAAAACUCCGGGAAAACCCGACGCAGUGCCUUGCACGUUUACUUUUAGUAUGAGCCAAUCCACUCUCUCCAUCUGUUUGGUUAUUUAUAUGUAUGGGUCAUUAAGAUGUAUGAUUUAUUAGUCAUUAUAUUUACUCUUCCCCUGUUUUUUUUAUGGGUCUCUAUUGAUGAUCUCUUCAGCGUGUUGAAUUUCACAGCUGUCUGUGUAUUAUCCGUACGGAGUAUUAGAUGUGUCAGUACGGAGGAGCAUACGAAGAUUGUCCUUCCAGAGACAAAGAGAGGGCAUGUACCUGGAGACUUUAAGAAAGAGGCCUUGGGGAGAGCUCUCCAGCCUGCCUCCUCUCACAGCAGCAGGAACAGGACAAUACUGAGCAAAUGUUUCCCACGUGGUUGGACACACAACCAGGAUGGAACACACAACCAGGAUGGAACACACAACCAGGAUGGAACACACAACCAGGAUGGAACACGCAACCAGGAUGGAACACGCAACCAGGAUGGAACACACAACCAGGAUGGAACACACAACCAGGAUGGAACACACAACCAGGAUGGAACACGCAACCAGGAUGGAACACGCAACCAGGAUGGAACACACAACCAGGAUGGAACACGCAACCAGGAUGGAACACACAACCAGGAUGGAACACACAACCAGGAUGGAACACACAACCAGGAUGGAACACACAACCAGGAUGGAACACACAACCAGGAUGGAACACACAACCAGGAUGUGGUAUAUAGUGUGAGGUUUAGCUGAGGUAAAGGUGGUAUGGGUGUGAGAGGAAAGGGAGGGGUUUUCGUCAAGAUAAUGUAUGUACUUUUUACUCCAUACAUUUUCCCUGACACCCUAAAGUACUCGGAAUGGAAUGCUUAGCAGGACAGGACA